UAGAUGCCUUUUUGCUUUACUAAAGAGUGGAGGAAUCUCCUUUUCUCUUCUCCUCUUUUUCUUAACAAGCUUCAAAACAAUUCUAUUUUCUUGAAUCUUGAGUUUUGCAUUUACUUCCUGAUGCUUUUUCAGAGAUUAAGUCAAAUAAAACGCAUGCAAGUGCAUCCUUUAAAGUUUGAGGCUUUAACAGUGUUUUGGGUUUUAAUUUAAUUUGUUUUUCUUACAUUUUCUGUUACUUUUUGUUACCACAACUGCGGUAAAGGUAAGAUUCUGCAAAAAAUUUCUAUUAUCUCUUUCAAGUAUCCACAGGCCAUGUUUUUCUCUCUUUUUAUUGUGGUUUUAAUGGAUUCAAAUGGUUAAUUAGUCGCCGAUUUGCUCUCUAGCUCUCUGUGUCUCUCUCUUGAAAGUUCAGUAAAAAAGACCUGCAACAACCAUCUAAUAUUCCAUUUGGAAGUUUCAGUCUUUCGCACCUUAUCCGAGUUCUCUGUUCUGGGUUUUCUACUUUUGAUGAAGAAAAUUAUGUAUAUCUCUCUGAGGACUGCCAUUAAAAGAGCUUCAUUUGGGUUAGUACAGUCCCUUUGAGUUUGAGGUGACUUCGAAUGACUGGUUUUGCAGGAAUGGUGCAUGUGCUGGUAUGUCUGUUCUUAUUACUCUGCAACUUUAGCAACCCUGCUGGAUCUGUAAACAAAGAUGGGAUAGCUUUAUUAUCAUUCAAGGAAGCCAUUAAAGAGGACCCUGAGAAUGCUUUAGCUAACUGGAAUACAUCUGAUGAGACCCCAUGUUCAUGGAAUGGGAUUGCAUGCAAAGAUAACAGUGUCGUCUCUCUGAGCAUUCCCAAGAAACGCCUUCUUGGCAUUCUCCCUUCUGUUCUUGGUUCUAUUUUCUCCCUGCGCCAUUUAAAUCUUCGAAACAAUAGGCUUAAUGGAAGCAUUCCCCCUGAUCUAUUCAAGGCCGAAUCUCUUCAAAGCAUUGUCUUCAUCGGAAAUUCUCUCUCUGGUUCUCUCCCUGAGUCUAUAGGGAAGCUCAGGUACCUUCAAAUCCUCGAUUUGUCGGAAAAUACUCUCUCUGGAUCCAUCCCGUCGUUUCUCUCUAACUGCAGCAGGCUGAAGUCUCUGGUUCUUAGCCAUAACAAUUUCACAGGUAUGCUUCCUCUUGGGUUUGGUAAUGGCUUCCCAAUUCUUGAAAAGCUCGAUCUUUCUUAUAAUGCUCUGAAUGGCUCUAUUCCUAGUGAUAUGGGGAAUUUGUCAAGCCUUCAAGGAACUGUGGAUCUCUCUCACAAUUUCUUCUCUGGCUCAAUCCCUCCAUCGCUUGGUGAUCUCCCUGAAAAGGUCUAUAUCGAUCUCACAUAUAAUAAUCUUAGUGGACCAAUUCCUCAGAAUGGAGCUCUAAUUAGUAGAGGACCAACAGCUUUUAUUGGGAACCUGGAACUUUGUGGUCCUCCUCUGAGAAACCCAUGUCCUGGAUCUUCUAGUCUCCCUCCAACUUCUACCAUCCCUAAUUUGCCAAAUAAUUACUCGCCUCCAUCAAGUGACGUUGACAAGAGUGACAAUAAGCACCGGAAGUUUAGUAGGGGACUGAUAAUUUCUAUUGUAGUGAGUGAUGCUGUGGCUAUAGCCUUGAUUGCACUGGUUUUUCUCUUCUGUUAUUGGAGAGUGGUUUCCUGCCAUGGCCAAAAGGAAGAGGUUUCUGAAUCUGAUAAGGGUAGAAAGGGUAAAAGGGAUUGUUUGUGCUUCCGAAAAGAAGAAUCAGAGACUCUUUCUGAAAAUGUUGAGCAGUUUGAUCUGGUAGCUCUUGAUGCUCAAGUCGGUUUUGAUCUCGAUGAGCUUUUGAGGGCCUCGGCUUUUGUUUUGGGGAAAAGUGAGAUUGGGAUUGUAUAUAAGGUCGUCCUUGAAGAUGGGUUAACUCUUGCAGUUAGGAGACUUGGAGAAGGUGGUUCUCAAAGGUUUAAGGAGUUUCAGACUGAGGUUGAAGCCAUUGGAAGGCUGAGGCAUCCAAAUAUUGUGACUCUUCGUGCUUAUUAUUGGUCUGUUGAUGAGAAACUGCUCAUCUAUGACUACAUACCCAAUGGGAACCUUGAUAAUGCAAUUCAUGGAAAGGCUGGAAAUGCAACGUUUUCACCUCUGCCAUGGCCUGCUCGACUAAAAAUCGCAAGGGGAGUAGCCAAAGCCAUGGCUUUUCUUCAUGAAUUCAGCCCCAAAAAAUAUGUCCAUGGAGAUCUCAAACCCAGCAAUAUUCUUCUCGGCCUAAACAUGGAGCCAUAUGUCUCCGACUUCGGGCUUGGUCGCCUUGCUAAUAUUGCGGGGAAUUCCCCAGAAAACCAAUCUGGUAGGGUCACAAGUGAGACCAACAAGUCUGAUGUUCCGGCCACUUUGGUAGUGAACCAGGGUUCUUGCUACCAAGCACCUGAAGCUUUGAAGCUAUUGAAACCAUCUCAAAAAUGGGAUGUUUACUCUUAUGGUGUGAUUUUGUUAGAGCUUGUUUCUGGUCGAUCUCCUGCUGUUCUUUUGGGUAGUUUGGAAAUGGAUUUAGUGAAAUGGGUUCAGCAUUGCAUCGAGGAGAAGAAGCAGCUAUCUGAAGUUUUAGAUCCAGUUUUGAUGGAAGACUUAAAGAGAGAAGAGGAGAUUUUGGGGUUGCUGAAGAUUGCACUGGCUUGCGUUCAGGUAAACCCCGAGAGAAGGCCUUCAAUGAGGCAUGUAUUGGAGAUUCUAGAGAGGUUAGUAGGGGCAACCGGUUGAGAGGGAGAAAACUGCGAAGAAACUUUCGAAAAGGCCAAGUAAGGGAAGAUCUCAAAGUUACGGAGCCUGAUACUGGGGAUUCAUCUUAUGAUUCAGGAGUAAUCUCAGAGGGAGAGAGAGAUGGGUUUCCAGUGGCUGGAGUGCAUACUGUAACAAUUGCAGGGCUCCUUUUAUGGCUGUCCUUAUUGUUUUAUAUACCUUCAUGUGCCAUUUUCAAUUGGGGCUUUGUAAUAAAAAGGAAGAGAGCUCUUUCAUGGUGGCCAUGGUCAGUAGUGUGGAUCACCAGAGAGACAUUGCUAAAAGAGAGAAAAAGAAGAAAAAUGUUGGGAGCCUCCUGUACUACUGUAUGUGCAGUUUAACUGGCUUCAAACCUUCUUUACUUUUUUAUCUUUCAUGUGCUGAUGCAUACUGUUUGUUUUUAGUAUUUUCUGAGCUCUCGACUGUCAUAAAUGUGGAAUGCAAAGUUUUGGUUGGAAAUCA